UCAAAUUUAUCCCUCAAUUACCCACCCCCUUCACCCGCCUCUCUCUCUUUCCUCAUCUCUUCUACCCUCGCCCUGCUUUCCUCUUCUACUCCUCCGAACGGACCACCGGCGAGCAGCAGCCCCGGCGACUCCUCUCUCUCCCUCUCUUCUUCCUCUUCUCCUCUUUCCUCGACCCCUCUCUCUUUCCCCCUCCUCUCUUCUAUCUUCCUCUAUCUCCCUCCCGUCUCUUCUCCACAGCGAACUCCAGGCGGCCAGCAGCUCCAACCAACGACAACAAGCCAGAAGCUCGGCUAGAGGGCGAUAGCAACAACACCAACUGCUCAAGCUGAGGCUCAAAUUCCUGUGAUUUUGUACCAAACGGAUCUCCUCAGAUCUGUCCAGACCCAUAAAAAACAAGACUGAGAUCUCUUUUUGGAAGUUUUGAUAGAAGAAAAUCAUCACAUAGUAGAUCAUGGAAACAGGGACUAUCUCUCGACUUCUUCAACCGACUAAGGUUCCAAGUUCUAGAUUUACCAGUUUCACUUCUAAUUCUUCCAUAUGCUGCACGCGGACAAGGUUAAUGCCUGCUUGCCAUUCCUCACAUGGUGGGCGACUCACUCUUAAAAAAAGCAGUGUAAGUGGGGGAUUGUCUUUACAUCGGCCAUUGCACAAGAGAGAUGUAGUUGGCAAAACGUUCUGCUCUGUUGGAUUGUCUACGUAUCGAGGGAGCAUCGUUGAGUCUUCCUCACAGACAGCUGAAGAAAAGAUCGGAGUGCUACUUUUGAAUCUUGGAGGACCAGACACGCUUCAUGAUGUCCAGCCUUUCCUGUUCAACUUAUUUGCUGAUCCUGAUAUUAUACGGCUCCCCAGAUUGUUCCGUUUUCUCCAGCGCCCAUUGGCACAACUUAUAUCUGUUCUCCGAGCUUCGAAAAGUAAGGAAGGAUAUGCUGCAAUUGGAGGUGGUUCUCCUUUACGAAAAAUAACAGAUGAGCAGGCAAGUGCACUAAAAAUGGUGCUAGAGACAAAGGAAGUCCCGGCUAAUGUCUAUAUUGCGAUGCGGUACUGGCACCCGUUCACCGAGGAAGCUGUUCACCAGAUAAAAAGAGACGGGAUUACAAAGCUAGUUGUACUGCCUUUAUAUCCUCAAUACUCUAUCUCUACAACUGGUUCAAGUGUUCGUGCCCUUCAGAAUAUUUUCAAAGAAGACUCUUAUCUGUCCAGACUGCCAGUUGCUGUCAUUGAAUCCUGGUACCAACGACAAGGUUACAUCAAGUCCAUGGCAAACUUGAUUGAGCAGGAGUUACAUAAUUUCACUAAGCCUGAGGAGGUCAUGAUUUUCUUUAGUGCCCAUGGAGUGCCAGUCAGUUAUGUUGAAAAUGCUGGUGAUCCAUAUAGAGAUCAGAUGGAAGAGUGCAUUUUCUUGAUAAUGAAAGAGCUGAAAGCUAGAGAAAUCAUCAAUGAUCAUACCUUAGCUUACCAGAGCCGAGUUGGUCCUGUCCAAUGGUUGAAGCCAUACACUGAUGAAGUUCUGGUUGAGCUUGGACAGAAAGGUGUGAAGUCUCUGUUGGCUGUUCCAGUAAGCUUUGUGAGUGAGCAUAUAGAGACUCUUGAAGAGAUUGAUAUGGAAUACAGGGAGUUAGCUCUUGAAUCGGGAAUUGAAAAUUGGGGUCGUGUUCCUGCUCUGAAUUGCACCUCCUCUUUUAUAACUGAUCUGGCAGAUGCUGUUAUUGAAGCAUUGCCCUCGACAAUGGCAAUGUCAACGUCCACUGGUACAGAGGAAGAAGUUGACAAUGAUCCGAUGCAAUAUUUUAUGAAAAUGCUUUUCGGAUCACUAUUAGCAUUUGUUUUUCUGUUUUCACCAAAGAUGGUAUCGGCUUUUAAGAAGAACAUACUUUAGGGAGGACAGGGAGAUCCUUUACAGAAAUAAUACAGAGAUCAAGAAGCAAUAUUGUGGUGCCGCCUGAAAGUUUUUUCGAUUUUAUAAACAAUUUACAAGUGUCCAGUUGUUGCAGAAGGUAGGUACUGCUUUGCAGUGUGUUUAUGACCGACAUAUCUUGUACCAAGAGAAAGUGGUAUGUUGCCUUUCUAAUGCUAGGGAAUACAACAUUACCAACUUUAAAUAAAUAAAUAAAUAAUUGCUAGACGUGUUGGCUAUAUUACUUUUCUAUUGGUGUUCACUAA